UCCUUUUAGCCGGCAACGAUGAUGGUUCCCAGAAUAUUUUAUUUUCUUGCAUUUUUUACUCUCUUGUAUCUCUUCACAGUUUCUUUUGCUUCCACUGAAGAAGCAACUGCUCUCCUAAAAUGGAAAACAACUUUCCGAAACCAGAAUAAUUCCUUACAGGCUUCAUGGACACUAAGUCCUGCUGAUGCCAAGAAUUCUUCCAGCCUCAGAGCGGAAACUUCUGAUGCAUGCAGAGAUUGGUAUGGAGUUAUAUGCGUUAAUGGUCGGGUAAACAAGUUGAAUAUUACAAAUUCUAGUGUUAAUGGUACACUCUAUGAUUUUCCAUUUUCAUCUCUCCCUUUUCUUGAAUAUGUUGAUCUUAGCAUGAAUCAGCUCUCUAGUACCAUCCCACCUGAAAUAGGUAAGCUAACUAAUCUUGUCUAUCUUGACUUGUCCAAAAAUAAGAUUUCGGGCACAAUCCCACCCCAAAUCGGCUCACUAACAAAGCUUGAGACCCUCCACAUCUUUGACAACCAAUUAAAUGAUUCCAUUCCUGAAGAAAUAGGUCAUCUAAGGUCCUUAUCUGAGAUAGCUCUGAAUACUAACUUUCUUGAUGGCUCUAUUCCUGCUUCAUUGGGGAAUUUGAACAACUUGUCUUAUUUGUAUCUUUAUCAUAAUAAUCUUUCUGGCUCCAUUCCUGCAGAAAUAGGGAAACUUGUCAAUCUUGUUGAAGCUUAUCUUGACACUAACCACUUAACAUGUCAUAUUCCUCUAGAAAUAGGUAACUUAGUCAAUGCAAAAUUAUUCUAUGCUUUCUCCAAUGAAUUGUCUGGUCCCAUUCCUACUGAAAUAGGGAAGAUGAAGUCACUUCAGGAUUUGAGCUUCCAGAAAAACAAUCUCUCUGGUCCAAUUCCCAAAACAAUAGGUGACUUAACUGAGCUCAAACUCUUGCACCUUUAUACCAACCAACUUUCUGGUCCCAUUCUUAGUGAGUUAGGGAAUUUGAAAAACCUGAGUGAUCUGCAAUUAUCCACUAAUCAACUUACUGGUCCAGUUCCUCCUUCCUUUGGCAAUUUGAGAAACUUGCAAAUUCUGCAUCUCCGCCACAACAAACUUUCUGGUUCUAUUCCAAAAGAACUUGCCUAUUUGGAUAACUUAGUUAUGAUGGAAAUGGAUGAAAAUCAGUUUUCAGGCCAUUUACCGGAGCAUCUUUGCCAAGGUGGGAAACUUGAGAGCUUCAAGGUGAAUAGUAACAACCUGAUAGGGCCAAUACCAAGAAGCUUUAGCAAGUGCUCGAGUUUAAAAAGGGUUCGUUUUGAUAACAACAGCUUCACUGGGAAUUUAUCUGAAGCUCUUGGUAUCUAUCCAGAGCUUCAGUUCAUUAAUUUGAGCGACAAUGAUUUCCAUGGUGAACUUAGUAGCAACUGGGGAAAAUGUAAGAAUUUGACUAAUCUGCAGGUGGCUAGAAAUAACAUUAGUGGUAGCAUACCACGAGAUAUUUGAAAAGUUAACAGGCUU